GCAGUUCUCUGCGCGCACUUUAGUUGAGCGGCUGUUUGUGCGGUACACUAAGUUCCUUUCGCGGUCAAUUGGCAUUGUUUUCGUGUAUUGUCGCUAUCUCAAUGCUUGUUUUAAUAAACAAAAAGUGUUAGCCAGUUUGAAUUGCUUGUAAACGGGUUGAGCUAUUUAUUAAUUUGUGAAAAUUGGUAAUCGUUAGUGUUUGGCCAGCGUCGGCAUCUACAUAUCUGCAUAUGCGUAUGCGUGUGUGCGUGUGUUUUUAGGUGUGAGAUGGCGAAAAUCAAUAACAAAGCAAACUGCGAAUAGGGUCAAAAUAAAACACGCAAAAAACGUUUUAAUUCCGAGUAUUUCUUCAAAAAAAAAAAGAAAACAAAAAAACAAUUUAUAAGCGUGUCUGUCUGUGCCCCUCGUGCAUGUGUGUGUGUAAACAGAACAACGCGCGUGAUUCAUACCUUUAUACACCGGGGGCGGCACAGGAAAAGUCGUCGACAGCGCGUGUUGUUGUUGGCCAGAAAGACACGGACACGCAGCCGUCCAUUGAACUGCUGCCGCUGACGACGACGACGACGACGACGACAACCAUUGCUGCUGCUGCUGCGACGCGACUGCGACGCAAUUGCUUCCUGGCAAAACGACAACAACGGCAACAACAUGGACAAAACAAUCUGCGCUGUUGUGGAGUACGAGUACGCUGCCAAGGAACCAGAUGAACUGGAUCUACAAAAGGGUGCCAUCAUACAUCGCAUCAAACAGAUGCCCGGCGGCUGGUGGCAGGGCACACUGAAGGCCACCGGCGUAACGGGCAUGUUUCCGGAUAAUUUUGUCCGCGUACUGGAGCCAAGCAGCAAUGGCAACCACAGCGAUGACAGUGCUGUGGUGCAGCUCAGGGAGAAAUCAGCGACAUCGAAUCGCCGCUGUAAAGUCAUCUACAGUUACACACAAGUCAACGACGACGAACUGACGCUGGCCGUGGGUGAUGUCAUUGAAUUCCUAGGGGAGGUCGAGGAAGGCUGGUGGCGCGGACGUUUGCGCAGCAAAGUUGGCGUAUUUCCCUCAAAUUUUGUGCAACAUAUCGAACCAUCGCCGAUUCUGGCCUCCAAGCGGCCCCCAACGAUUGGUGCAACGGUCACGACAUCGGCGCUAACAGCCAAAGCUGCCAACAUAGCGACAACAACAACAGGAGCAGCAGCGGGCGCGACAGCAGCCGCAGCAGCAGUAACUGCAACAGCUGCUCCUGCAGCAGCUGCACCUGCCACCAAUACAAGCACAGCGAAGCAGCAAUCGAAAAGCAGAGCCACGGCGUCCACUGUGAAUGCUGCAGCGGUGGCAGCGGCGGCAGCGGCGGCGGCGCCCACGUUACCACCAAAACCACAGCGCGACUUUUGUCGCGUAGAGUUUCCCUAUGCGCCGCAGAAUGAGGAUGAGCUGGAGUUGGAGGUGGGUGACAUUAUCAGUGUCAUCAGCAUGGAGCUGCCGGACAAGGGCUGGUGGAAGGGCGAGCUGCACGGCAAAGUGGGCGUGUUUCCGGAUAAUUUUGUCAAGCUCUUGGCACCCUCCGAAGUCGCGCCCAUUAACGAGCCAUCAGCAGUCGCCACCACGCAGCAAUCACAGCGCAAGAUAAGCAACACGAGCCACAUGACCACAACCAACUCCAACAACAGCAGCAGCAGCAACACAGCCACCACGACGGUGACGCAGCAGCAACAGCAGCUGCAGCAGCAGCAGCAGCAACAUCAGCAGAGCAGCGCUUCAACCACAUCGAAGGUAUACAUCAAGAAGACGGGCAGCAGCAGCAAUUCGUCUGGUUCGGGACGUAAGGAGAGCUUCGGAUCGCGCGAUUCGCUAAAUGAUAUACUCAGCGAAACGGGCCUGCCCAUUGGCACUGUGGCCGCCCAGCGCAAGUCGCUGGAGAAUAAGAACCUCGAUCUGAGCAAGCUGCCCGGCGGUGCCAAGCAGCAGGGCAACACGAUCAUAACAACAACAACAGCCACAAGCAACAGCAGCAGCAACAACACUUCAGCAUCUGCGUACGCGGAGCUGCGCAAGAGUCUGGACAAUAUGGAUGAGAAGAUCAAGUCACCCACACCCCCUGUGGUGGGCAAAAAGCCCAGUGUGCCGCUCAAGAAGACGCCCACGGGCAGUGUCUCAGGCAACAUUUUGGGCGCCGGCAUGAAGAAGAAGAGCGCGGAGAGCAAACUAACUAGCGCCGUGUCGCACGACGUCUCCGAUGGUUUGGCCGGCAGUAAAUUAUCAGGCGGACAGCUGCCCGAGUCGGGCGCGGCUGGCAAUGUGGUCAUGAGACGCGCCGCUACCAUAGCCGUUGAGGAUACGGACUUUGAUCGUGUCGAGCGCGGCUCCAUACUGCAAGAUAUGCGCGCCGGUCGCGUCAAGGCGCCCAAACGUCGCCCGCCCUCGGCGGCCAUAAAUGUGCUGGGCGAGAGCAACAACAAUUCGGUGUAUGUCAAUGGAAGCGGCAUGGCCAGCAGUGCCAGCGAGCUAAGUGAAGAUGGUGGCCCUGCUGGCAAGCAGGCGGCGACGGGCUCAUCCGAUGACAAUUCGACCGGCGAGGAGCCGCAGUUGGCCAAGCCAAAGCCACGUGAAUGGGAAAAGAAAAAGGCGCCUUGGAUGGAGGAGCUGAAAGCGUCGCAGGUGACACGCAAAAAGACCUCGCCCAAUGUUGAGCCACGCGGCGGUGCCAUCUCCGUGGCUGAGCGCACUUCAAAGCUGUUUGCCGCCGAGCAGGCGACGGCCACAACCAGCGCGGUGACCACCAGCGCAAUCAGCAGCAGCAGCAACACUAUAACCAGCAGCAGUGCGACUGCAACGAAAGUGCAAUCGAGUGCGGUGACUUCCUCCAGCAUCAUGCAGCAGUCCAUGUUCGUGGAGAGCAGCACCAGCAGCAGCAGCAGCAGCCAGAAGAUGGAGGCAGCCAACAGCAGCAGCAACAGCAGCACAAGCAUUUUGACCAGCAGCAACAACAGCCACGAUGCCGUCAUGUCCAAGAGCAUAUCAGCGACAAAGACUCCAGCCACAGCAGCGCCAAUAGCCGCUCCAGCUGCCAGCAGUGAUGAGGAGUCACGUCACGCGGCACGGCCCAACAGUUUAUCGAUACGCAAUCGCAGCGUUUCGCCGCUGGUGAAAACCUCCAGUGCCAGCAGCAGCACACAGCCGGAGAGGAGCAACAAUGUCAGCGUCAAUGAGAGUCCGGCGACAACGCUGCUCAACAAUCAUCAUCAGGGCGCGGCAGAGCCUUUGCCGCGGGUGCAACAGCUGGAGGGUCGUGUGGAUAAGCUGGAGGCGAUCGUGCUGAAGCAGCAGCGGACCAUUGAGGAGCUGGUGCGUUUGCUGCGCGAGGAGACGGAGCGGGUGAAGGUGCUGCGCGGCGAACUGGAUAAAUAUGCGCAGUGCGUGACGCAAGUUUGAAGCAGCUUGGAGUUCCUAAAAUCGGAAUUCAAACCAAGAUCUGCCCUCAUUGUCGUGCCUGCACCCUGAUUGUUGUUGUUUUGUUGGCCCCGCUUAGCUGUGUGCGUUUGCUUUAGAGAUUUUUGUAGUUAAAAUCCAUUUUUAGCUAGCUUUAAUCUAUGUUUUGUUUUUCCAUUCCAAAUAGAAAUCUAAAUGGAACAUUUAAUUAUCGUUUUUACAUUCCAAUGCUUGUCAAACUGUAUCCAAGACAAUCCCAACAUUGAAGCGUAUAAAACGCAACUUGUACUUAUCAGCCGAAAUUCAAGUUCAAUCCCAGCCAGUUUAUAGCGAGCUGCCUUUUAUUCAUAUAUUCUCUAUAUACUAUAUAUGCAUAUGUAAAACUGUAUAAUUAUGUUAUUUUUUGAUAAUUUUGCCAUUUUGUUUUACAACUCCAAAAUUUGGUAUAAAUUGCAUGCAGUAACUGUUUCAGUUCCGAUACGAGUAUAUAUCUAUAUAUCUACAUCUAUUUUUUGAUAAGUAUUUUUACAAUAUUCUAAAAACUUUGUGGGCAUUGUGUGAUUUUUUAAAAUGAGCUGCGCUUUAGCAUAAGCAUAUCCCAAUUACAGUUUGUUUUGUUCAUAUGAUUAUGAUUAUUUUUAUGAUGUAUUAAAGUUAUGAAACAUGUACUAUAAAUACUAAAAGAAAGAUUUACAAACACAUAUAUAUAAAUAAUAAAGUUCGAUGAAGAUGCCUAAACAUUAAGUAAUCAAAAUAAAUAAUUAAAUUUAAA